GUCAUCAACGUCAACUGAUUGAUGUCAACAAAAAUGGACGAUGCUGGCUGAUUGAACUGUUUUAUAAUUUUUGAGUACCUAUGAUUACGGAAGAUAUAUAACUAUUAUAUAUCUUCCGUAAUCAAUAACAUACUACUACCACUUUAGAAUGAUACUGAAAUACACAAAAGGUAAAUUCAUCAAUCAAGUAAUAAUUUCAGAUUCGAUUGUACUAGAUUUGCAAACAAGAUGAGUUUGAGAGGCAUAAAAUUGAUCACCUUCGAUGCAACGAAUACUCUGUUGAAAUUCCGCGUUCCCCCCUGGCAAUAUUACACACUUGUAGCACGCGAUCAUGGUUUUACUGGAAGCGAAGAAAUGGUCCGAGGACGUUUAUUAGACAGUUACAAAGGCAUGUGGGAUAAGUACCCUAACUUUGGCCGGUCAAAGAUCACCUGGGAAGAAUGGUGGACACAAGUGGUAAAGAAAACGUUCGAAGGUCAUCUGCCUGCUAGCGCAAACAUCGAUACCAUAGCUAACACGUUGAUAAACGAGUUCAAAACAUCAAAGUGCUGGUCAGUAGCUCCAGCUGGAGACCGGUUACUCUGCUUACUUCAAAGUCAAAACAAAACAGUUGGAGUGAUCUCAAACUUUGACCCACGCCUCAAUGAAAUAUUGCAAAGUGUUAAAAUUAAAGACUAUUUUAAUUUUAUCAUAACAUCCUACCAGAUAGGGUUUAGCAAACCAGAUGAAAGGAUUUUUAAGCAUGCUCUAGAGCAGUGUGAUAAAUUGGUCAAACCGCAUGAGGCUCUUCACAUUGGAGAUGAUGUGGAAAAGGAUUACGAAGGAGCAAGGGCGGCCGGGUGGCGUGCCCUUUUAGUCUCUGAAAAUAUUAAAUCUGAGAUACCACCAGCUGAGGAGCAUGUGUUCAAAAAUUUAGAAGAUUUAUGUUUAGCAAUAGAACAAAAUAAAGUGCAGUUUUGAUUAAUUAUGAGGUCUUGACUAACUUUAAACUUUGUUGCUAAGCCUAAACAUGCUUGUUUCUGAUGGAGUUUUAGAUUUUGAUAUCUUAAUAUGUAUUUUUUAUCAUUUUAUAUGAAUAGUAAAAUGUAUUUAUCUGUUUUUAGGUAGAUAUAGAUAGCAGAUACAUAAUAGGUACUAAUGCUAAUAUUCCAUCAAAAAUCAAGUGUCAAUUUUAUUUGUUAUUAUUUUGUAAAGAUUAUAGUAGGUACUUAAUUGAAUAAUUAAUAAUGUCGACUGUAACUAGCUCUGUUUUUGUACUAAUUUAUAUCAUUGGGUAACAAGCAGUUCUUUAUUGUUAUUU